UUCUCCUGUAACGCAGACUAAUAGACCGACAACUGGGCUCAUUUCCAACCAUCAGGCCAUGGCGGGAGCUGCCAAGAUGGGUCCCAGAUGCACUAUGGGACUGAGUAACACUCUCUUCGUGAUGGCCCUCCUGCUCUCUGGUGUUGCUUCCCUGAAGAUUCAGGCUUAUUUCAAUGAGACUGCAGACCUGCCAUGCCAAUUUACAAACCCUCAAAAUAUAAGCCCAAGUGAGCUGGUAGUAUUUUGGCAGAACCAGGAAAAGCUGGUUCUUUAUGAGCUGUACUUAGGCAAAGAGAAACCUGACAAUGUUGAUCCCAAGUAUAUGAGCCGCACAAGCUUUGACCAGGACAAUUGGAUCCUGCGACUUCACCACGUUCACAUCAAGGACAAGGGCUUAUAUCAAUGUUUCAUCCAUCACAAAAGGCCCAAAGAACUAGUUCACCUAUACCAGAAGAAUUCUUACCUAUCAGUGAUUGCUAACUUCAGUCAACCUGAAAUAAUACCAAUUUCUAAUAUAACAGAAAAUUCUGACACCAAUUUGACCUGCUCAUCUAUACACGGUUACCCAGAACCCAAGAAGAUGUAUUUUGUGCUAAAAACUGAGAAUUCAUCUAUUGAGCAUGAUGGUAUAAUGCAGAAAUCUCAAGAUAAUGUCACAGAACUGUACAACGUUUCCAUCAGCUUGUCUGUUUCAUCUCUUGAUGUUACAAGCAACAUGUCCAUCUUCUGCAUCCUUCAAACGGAGCAAAUGGAGACACAGCUCAUCUCCCUACCCUUCUACAUAGCUCCUAAAAUCCCACAGCCCAAAGACUACAACCUCUGGAUUGGAGCUAUGCUUCUAACGUCAAUCAUAGUAUGGGCGCUGGUGUUCCUUCUAAUAAGAUGGAAGAGGAAGAAGAAGAAGCAGCCUGGUGUCUCUCAUGAGCGUGAAACCAUCAAAGAGGAGAGGGAAGAGAAUGAACAGACUGAGGAAAGAGUGAAAUUCCAUGUACCAGAAAGAUCUGCUGAGGAAGCCCAGCGUGCUGUUAAGAGUUCAAAGACACCCUUAGGCGAGAAAAGUGCUACACAUUUUUAAUUAAAGAGUAAAGUCCA